AUAAUUGUCUGUCUUUUCAUAUCUUUAUUUGUACUGUUAUUGUAGCUCAUUCGCUAAAAAAAAAAAAAUAAUAAAAAAUCGUAUGAGUAGAAAGACCUUAAAUCCUUGAUCCUUAUCGAUCCAAAAAUGAAAAAAAUAAAAACAAUAAAAAAUGGUAACCUCGGCGCACAAAAACGGGGGAAACAAAAGAGAGGAGACAUUAAAUGUGAACUUACAAACGCCGCGUGGGUGUCUCUCUCCUCUUCUACGGACUAUUUAAAACUCCCCUCCUUUCUUUUACUCCAUUUCCUCAUUACUUCCUUCCUUUCUCUUUUAUACUAUUCUCUUCUUCUCCUUCUUCACUCUCUCACCUCACUUUCUCUAACCUAUUAUCUUCUUCAAUCUCCUCGUUUUCAUCCUAUUCUCAGAUUUUCAACUGACAUUUUUCUCAGAUAAUCAUCAAUUUCUAUGCAAUAUUCCUGAUCAAUUUUUCAAUUAGUUUUUUUUUUUUUUUCUGCGAAAUUACGAAGAUAAGAUUAUUCGGUGUUCAACUGAAUCUACUCUCUUCAUACUUUUAAUUUUUCGCAAUUUCAUUUCAUAUUCAUCCACAAUCUUCUCCUGUAAUCAAUUCCAGAAAACGUUGAUAAAUUAGGUUACGAAAAUCAGUAAGAAUUGAGUGAUUUUUCCAGAUUGUUGUUAAUGGCGUCGAUAAUUUCGAAUUACGAACAACACACAGAAGAUACAUCACGAGAAUCAAAGAGGAAAAAGCGUCGAAGAAUAGACACCGUCAAUCAAAAUCAAUCAAACCAAAACAACAACAAUCAAAAUCAAAUACGAUGGAGAUCAGAAGCAGAACAACGAACUUACUCAUCAAAACUCGUCGAAGCUCUCCGACACGUUCGCCGCCGUAAUCCAACUCCGGCGCCAGUUUCCGGAAGCCGAGCCGUCCGUGAAGCCGCCGAUAAAGCCUUAGCCAUAGCCGCCAAAGGUCGCACUCGUUGGAGCCGAGCUAUUUUGACAAAUCGGCGUAAACUCCGGCUUAAGAGCCAUAAAAAGGCUAAAGUUCGUUCAAAGUUGCCUCUGCCACCGGUUACCGGGAGUAGCCGGUUGUUAGGGGAGAAUGAACAACAGCAGAAAUUACCACCUCUUGAGAAGCGUGUCAAGGUUCUUGGCCGGUUAGUUCCCGGUUGCCGGAAACUAUCUUUCCCGAAUCUUCUAGAAGAAGCUACGGAUUAUAUUGCUGCUUUACAAAUGCAAGUGAGAACUAUGGCUGCUCUUGCGGAAAUUCUAGCCGGUUCAAAUCCCGGUUCAAGUUCCGGUUCAAUGGAAAUUGAUUCACCUAGUAGUUGACUCGAGUCACGGCUUAGCAAAACCCCCUUUUUUUUAAUUAAUUAAUUUUUAAUUUUUUUUGGUUUAUUGUUCUUUUUUUUCCUUUUUUUUUGGAUAUUUAAUUGAAUGUAUUUUAUUGUAUACAACUGGCUUUAAUUUUUUUCUUUAAUUUGGAGCUAUUAGUUUAGUUCCUUUUUUAAUUUUUCUUCUUUUUAGCUCAACCCAUGUGAAAAUUUCAUUAUUAAUGCCUUUAUUUUUAGGGGAUUAAUAUUUGGAAAAAAUGAUUUAUUGGACAGACAUUCACAAGAAAAAUAAAUUAGAAUAGUAGUAGUAGUAGUCAUUAAAUGGGAACAUGGCACCUAAUAAUGGAUCUUUGUACUGAAGUGCUGGAGGGCGGUUGAGUUCCCUUUUUAUAGGGGCAUAUUAUUGAUUAAUUGGGACUCCAUCCAACCAUGUUCUUGGGUUUUUGGUCCUCUUUUAUUUUGUAAAAGGUCAAAUACCCCUCCAAAGUUAAAAUAAAUAUUUGUAUCAUUGGGUGUUUAAACAUUUGGGGUUGUUGAUUAAUCUAGUUGUUUUGUAUGAUUGCACCA